AUGCAGCUGCGCUGGAGCGGCCACCUGGUGCGCAUGGACGACGAGCGACUACCCAAACGACUCUUCUACGGAGACGUCGCGACGGGUUCUCGUCGUCAAGGAGGCCAAAUUCGCCGUUUCAAAGAUACUCUGAAGUCCUCCCUGAAGCGCCUGCAAAUCAACCCGACCAACUGGGAAGAGCUCGCUCGCGAUCGUCCGGCAUGGAGGAGAACAGUGAAGACGGGCGCUGCUAUCUAUGAAGCCAACCGAAUCGCCGCCGCCAAAGCGAAACGCGAAGCCCGCAAAUCACAAUUUCGCCCAGUCCGCAACGCCGCCGCACAACCGCUCCCAACGUGUCCUCGAUGUCAACGGACAUUCCGGGCACGAAUCGGACUUGUUGGACAUCUCCGAACCAACUGCACCUCUUGAACUGCUCCAGCCAUCGUCCCCCCGCCCGCCUCUUCCUCGUCCUCUCUUCCGCCGACUAACUCUGACACUCCUUCUGCACCACCAAUUCCAUCCUCCUCGUCCUCGUCGUCGUCCUCCCUCUCCACUGCCCCUGCGGCGGCCGUUCAGACUGCUGUCUCACACAUCACCAACACCAACACACCAACCAACAUCACCUCUCCCAUCUCUCCCGAUUCCAGUGAUGAGGAUCAGGACUACACCUGCCCUCACUGUGACCGCACCUUCACAUCACACAUCGGCCUGGUCGGUCAAUUGCGAAUCCAUCGCACAGAGACUGGCGAACCAGUGCCUGGAGCACCAACCUACACCCACCGCACUCGCCUCCACUGCCCACAAUGCCCUCGCACCUUCACUCAUCGCAUGGGUCUAUUCGGCCACAUGCGCAUCCACCAGAGCGGAAUUGACCGCAGCCUUGACACAUCCACCCCGCCGAGCCCCACUCCCAAACCACCACCUUGUGCACCCACUAACCACUCCCCAGCCGACAUCGACGCCACCGACCUUACCACCCCUCACUCCUCCCCUUCCUCCUCCUCUUCCUCCAUCACUGCCACAACGACGGCCGCUUCGGCGUCUGUCGCCCACGACCUCACCACAGCCGAACCUUACACAACAACAGGCACAACCCCUGCAACCUCCAUCAUCAGACGUGAGGGCCAGGGCUACAUCUGCCCUCACUGCGAUCGCACCUUCACUUCACGCAUCGGCCUGGUCGGUCACUUGCGAAUCCAUCGCACAGAGACUGGCGAACCAGUGCCUGGAGCACCAACCUACACCCACCGCACUCGCCUCCACUGCCCACACUGCCCUCGCACCUUCAGGCAUCGCAUGGGUCUAUUCGGCCACAUGCGCAUCCACGACGACCUGCGGUAG